AUGUUUUGGGCAGCGUUGGUAUUUUCCACGCUCCUAAAUGGCGUCACGUCAGCAGGCAGCGCGACCACGGCGCGAGGUCAGUGGACGCUGACGAAAAACGGGACGACCUGUAUUAUGAUGUGGGCCCAGAUCGACCUUACGCUUUCGUAUUAUUCCGGAACCGGUCAGGAACAGGUCGACGUCCCAGUGCAAGUUCCGGCUGCCGCGACCACAGACGGCGACUGUGAUGCGAUGCUGUACCUAAAUGGCAACUACAUCAAGGGCCAAGUGUUGAAGCUGAACUUUGACUCGAAGGCUCAUUUGACGAGUUAUCGAGAGGAUGCCGCUGAUGCGCCGACGCAAGACUGGAAGGGCUGGUCGGCCACCUUUGCUUUCGCCAGGGUGGAGGAGCUGAAGCUCGGCGACAAUCAGUGGAUGUUGCUGCAGGUCAACAUCACUGCAAAUUACACGACAGACCCGGCGCAUUUCAAGAUUGAUGGGAACAACCCCGUCCACACCUACUAUCAGCACAUUGACCCGGCUGAGCCUCCAGAUCUGGCCGAUUCCAUCUACGCCUCCAACGGAUAUUCUCUAAAUUGCCCCAGCAAACAGAAAUUCGCCAUCAACAGCGACCCUAAAUAUGGGCCGUUGGCCUACAUCCAGUUCAGCCUUCUCAAGGUACAAGCCUUCAAAUCUGGGGCGGAUACAACGUUUGGAGAAACUGAAACCUGUCCCGCUGAUCAGCACAACACCGAUAAGGUGCCGAUCAUUGUAGGCGGCGUGCUAGCCGGGUUGACCGUGUUGACGUUGUGUGUUUAUUUGUUCUACCGCGCCCGCCUGCCGCCAGAGAUCAUCAACACGGUCAACCCGCACUCGCACUAUGAAAAUAAGGUGAUGGACGACGACGAGGACGAGGAA